UAUAAUAUUAUUGUAUUCCCUCUCCCACUCAAUUCCGAAAGUCGGUUUGUAUUGUAAACCACAUUUUCUACUGAAACCCAACUCCACCAUACAAAAAACCGAAACCUCCAGACCCAAAAUUUGGCGAAUUCAAUUCAAGAACACUGAGGUUUGAUCUUCAACUAAGCAUUUUCCUGAAGAUUUCAUGGUUUUUUUUUUGGUGUCUGUGAAUCAUAGUCCUCAUUCUACUUGAGGAUUUUGCUCAGAUUCGAUGAAUAUGAACCAUUUUCCCGGCGUUGAUUCUGUUCGACCUCCAAUUGCUUCACUUAGAACUGCUACUCCACCUACUUCGACUUCUAAUUCUGUUGCUGCCUUCCCGGUUUCGGAGGAUGCGAGUAAGAAGAUCCGAAAGCCUUAUACAAUUACCAAGUCGAGAGAGAGUUGGACGGAGCAGGAGCACGACAAGUUUCUUGAAGCUCUCCAAUUAUUUGAUCGUGACUGGAAGAAGAUAGAAGCGUUUGUUGGCUCAAAAACAGUUAUCCAGAUUCGCAGUCAUGCUCAAAAAUAUUUUCUAAAGAUUCAAAAAAGUGGGAAAAGCGAGCAUGUACCUCCUCCUCGACCAAAGAAGAAAGCAUCUCAUCCGUACCCACAAAAAGCUCCUAAGAAUGCGGCCACUCAGAGUCCUGGGAUGUAUCAGCCCUUGUCUUCUCCAUGCGAACCAAGAUAUAUUUACAUUCCAGACUCAACAGCAGCGUUUGGACUUCCCAGUCCCAAUGCUACUCUUUCUUCUUGGAACUGUAGCCCUGUGCCGACUAUUGAUGUUUCACAAGUACCCAAAGAUGGUGUAAAACCAGGUGGACCAACGUCGGCACAUAGUAGCAGUAGUGAGAGCACUCCACGGACAUGGAAAAUUGGAGAAAUUUCCGAUCAAGGAGUUCAGAGCAUGCGAAACAGAGUAAUGCCAGACUUUGCUCAAGUUUACAGCUUCAUCGGCAGUGUAUUUGAUCCCACUGUGUCGGGUCAUCUUCAGAGACUAAGGAAGAUGGACCCAAUAAAUUUAGAGACGACACUGCUUUUAAUGCAAAAUCUUGCCGUCAACUUGAUCAGUCCAGAAUUUGAAAACCACAGAAGACUGAUUUCAUCAUAUGAUGAGGACAUGAAGAAGGCCAAAGCUGGUAGCUUCUUUAACAAUCUACACAAUGUCAGAUCAGACAAUACUAUUCUAUCUGCUUAGAAAAUAAUAAGGUGAACUAGAAGUCAGGUUUGGAAGUUGAUAUUGUCGCAAUAUAUGUUCAAUACAUCAUGUGGCCAUAUGUUGAGCUAGUCGUGCUGGUGGCCGUUCUCGAAUGUAUCCUUUGUAAAUGGUAGGAAGUACUUGAUCAUAAAGGCAAUGUAGAUAGGGUGAUUUUACUCUCUGCUUUGUUCCCUGCGGAUCGAGAUCGUGUAUAGAGGUUUGAGUACAUAUAGGGAGUUUCAUUUGUAUUUGAGUUUGUAAUAUUAGUUGGUGUAUUGUAUAUCUAUAAUGAACAAGACCAUAAUCUCCAUAAGGUUGGAUCAUAAAGUGAUCUUAUUCGUGAAAUUGUUUUGUGAACUUCCUUUAAAUUUGUUUCAAUGUUUAUAUAUAGUGUCGACUUGCGACCAAUUCAAGGCCCUUUACAUA